UCGUCGUCGUCGUCGUCAAACUUGUAGUAGUCGUCAUCGUCCUCGUCUCUCUACGUUUGUUCUACUCUAGAUUAUUAAUAAAUAGUAUUAUUUAUGCUUUUGCUAAUUAUCAUUUUACAAUUUAACCUGUAACAUAUUAAGUGAUGUACCGAGUAUUAUUUUAUAUUUUGUGGUGAAUUUAAAUUGGGUGUUGUGUUCGAAGGAUUUACAACAUAAAUUAUUUACAAAAUAUUUAAAAUGACUUUUGGUGCAAUGGAUGAUUCCUAAUAGAUCAAAUAAAAUCAUCUAAAAAAAAAAACAAUUUUUUUGCUAUUAGCAGAUAAUGGUUUGUAAUUGAAAAAAAAACUUUUCAGACUAACUGGAGUGUGUAUGUGUGUAAAUUUAAAAAAUUAAACAAAAAAAAUUUUAAAAUGCUUCAAUCGCUGAACGCACUGGCGGGCAAAAUAUCGCCGGGCUCGCCACCGUCGAUGGACACGAAUGCUAACAAAAUUCACGUGCAAAAUAAUAAUAACAAUAAUAAUAAUGAUAAUAAUAAUAAAAAUAAUAACUAUAAUAAUAAUAAUACGCCGUGUAAUAAACAUAAAAAUUAUUUAAAUAAUAACAAUAAUAGUAAUAAUAAUAAUAACAAUAAUAGUACCCCUAAUAACAAUAAUAAUAAUAAUAAUAAUAAUAAUAGUUUAGUAAAUAAUAAUAAUAAUAACAAUGAUAAUAAUAAUAGUAGUAAUAACAAUAAUAAUAAUUGUAGCAAUAAUAAUAAAUGUAAUAUUAAAUUAGACAAUGUAAUUAGUGGACUUAAAACGAGUACUGUUAAUAAUCAUAUUAAAAAUGAUAAUAAUAAUAAUAAUAGUAUCAGUAAAAAUAACAAUAGUUGUACGAAUAUUAGUAAUAAUGUUUUCCAUCAUCCACAUCCGUAUUCAAAACAUCAAUCGUCGAUUCAACAUCAUCAGUCAUCUAGGACACAGCAACACCAGCAACAACAAAUAAACAAUUGUGAUAAUGAUGAUAUUAUCAUCGGGGAUAUCGGGAACUUGGCUGGAGAUAAACCCGAUCCAGACACCAUAAAGAUGUUUGUAGGUCAGGUGCCUCAUGAUAUGGAGGAAAAUGAUUUAAGAACAAUGUUUGAGGAAUUUGGACGUGUUCAUCAGAUCAAUGUUCUUAGAAAUAAAUACACUGGCACUCAUCAAGGUUGCUGUUUUGUAACGUUUUAUACACGAAGAGCGGCACUAGCGGCUCAAAAUGCACUUCACAAUAUAAAAACUUUUAACGGAAUGCACCGGCCCAUCCAAAUGAAGCCUGCGGACAGUGGUCACCGCAAUGAUCGGAAGCUAUUCGUUGGCAUGCUGUCAAAAAAAUACAGUGAAAAUGAUGUAAGAAAUAUGUUUGACGUUUAUGGUGCAAUUGAAGAAUGCUCGGUACUGAGGGAUAAUAGUACUGGGCAAAGCAGAGGAUGUGCCUUUGUUACAUUUGCAACUAAACAGCAUGCCAUUAAUGCUAUUAAAGCACUGCAUCAUUCGCGUACAAUGGAGGGUUGUUCAUCACCAUUGGUCGUUAAAUUUGCUGAUACCCAAAAAGAAAAAGAUCAAAAACGAUUGCAACAGUACCAAGCAAAUUUAUGGAACAUCGCGGGUACCGUUGGUAUGCCAGCGCCUCAUUAUUUAACGAACAAUGAUACUCAUGCAUUGGCAUCCGCACAAUUACUUCAACAGCUACAAACAACCCUGACACCGGGUGUUGGACCCUCAGCUGUUUGUCCCACUGGCGCAAGUAAUCCCGCAGCAAUGAGCACCGUACAGCAUCAACUGCUUAUUCAACAGCAUCUUGGACUAAAUGGUGCAGCGGCGGUUACUCCUCAGGGUGUCGCAAGUCUACCAGAAAUGACCCAGAGUCAUCUCCAAGGACUUGCAACUCUGGCAACACUCGGCGGUGCCAAUACUGGUGAAUACAUCGGAGAUUUUGUUUAUCUUACAGCUAAUCCCGUUGGUGUUACCUCACCCAUGAGUAUGCAAGAUCUGAUGGCACUUGCAUCGAUGACUAAUGCUGCUAAUAUUCAAGUACCUUCUGGCACCUUGGGUGGAUUAGUUAAUUCACAAGGAAGUCUCACUCAGUGGCCAACAGCAACGCAAGUUACUAAUAAUGGAACUGCAGUCAGUAAUGCUAAUGGAUUUAGUCCUGUAUCACUUACGCUUAAUUCUCUGGCUGGAACAGCAUCGUUAAGUGCUGGUGCUAAUGGUGCUGGCACCCUUCAAGAUACAUUGACCAGUGCUUACUCAAGUUUACAACAAUAUGCAGGAUUUUCGACGCUGCCAACAACUGGACAGACUGGAACAACAACUGGUAAUUCAUCAGUUGCAUCUGCUGUUGCUGCAGCAGCAUUGGCAGCACAACAACAAGCUAUGAUUAUAAAUGCUGCUGGAAAACAAAUCGAGGGCCCUGAGGGCUGUAAUUUAUUUAUUUAUCAUUUACCCCAAGACUUUACGGAUUUUGAUCUUGCGUCCACUUUUGUACCUUUUGGUAACAUGCUGUCUGCUAAAGUUGUCGUUGAUCUCAAGACAAAUACCAGUCGUUGCUUUGGUUUUGUAUCGUAUGACAAUCCAGCAAGUGCAGCAGCAGCUAUUCAAACAAUGAAUGGUUUUCACAUAGGCGCUAAGAGACUUAAAGUUGAACAUAAACGAGCCAAAGAAGCUGCCAAACCGUAUUAACAGGGUGCUAAAAAAGGCGCAGUUUUGUAGCAGGUGCAGGCCUGUGACGUUGUGGCCGGAAUAUUACUGUGUGCCAUACCAUGUCUAUCUCGCAAAUAAAAAUUACACACAAACACACACAUACACAUACACUUGAUAUAUAUUUAUAUAUAUAAAUAUAAAAAUAAAUAAAUAAAUAUAUAUACACAUAUAUAUAUAUUUGAUCACAGUAUGUCGUUUUGUCGCGUGGUGCCUGUGUGUGUAAUUUACAAAUUUUUAAAAAAACAAAAAAAAAAACAAAACCAACUGAUCCCAAAUAUCCUUAAAACCAAAUCCUCUAUCUUUAAAAAAAUUUUUUUUUUUUUUUCAAGCCUUUUUUUUAUAAAAAAAAAAUCAAAUUACAAGCACGUUUAUUUUUCCGCUUAUUAAUUUUUGUUGCUUAUAAACUUUUUUUUUAGUUUAUUUUUGUUUUUAAAUUACCGCUUUAUUUUUUUUCUAAGGGGUGAUAAGGGUUGAUUAUAAAUUAUAAUUUUUUUUUCUUUGAAAACUAUUAAAUAUUUUUAAAAAAAUCUUUUCGUUAAUUUUCGAGUGAACAGGACACUUUCCUAAAAGUUUUAAAAAAAAAAUCAAAUAAAUCGAUUGAUAGUUAUCCAAGUCAUCAAUUUUUAAAGUUGGCGAACAUCGAAAAUUUUUUUCCAUAUUUCCCAACAAUUUCUUUCAAUAACUGCAAAACUUAUUAACCGAUUUAGUUAAUUUUUUUUUAAUCUUCAGAAAGAUGUCCCCUAACUGCCAAACUAGAAGUAUUUUAUAAUAGCAAUUUAUUUAAAACUUUUCAAGACAAUUUAAAAAAAAAUUUGAUGCUAAUUCGAAAAAAAAUCAACCCUUCCGUACUGAUCCCCAAUUUAUUUUAUUACAAUUUAUUAUUUAUAAGAGUCCCCUCCAAACACACACGUCUUAAAUUUUUUCAACGUCAAAACAAAUAAUUUAAAAAAAAAAUAAUAAAAUAAGUAAAUCGCAACGCACCGCAAUCUCUCUUCGUCUCGUCAAUUACAAAAUUAAGGAUGUGGAAGAGAAGCUUGUUAAAAAAAAAAACAACAACAAACAAAACCAAAACGAACUAUUUACUAUUUAAUACCAGACGCACUCAUUAACAUGUCUAAUUAAAUUAGUUAAGGAAAAUUAAUUUAAUUAAUUAAUUACGAAAAAAAAAUAUAUAUUAAUUGUAAGGGGAUUACGCCUUUUUGUUGUGUCAAUUAUGUCUUAAUUUUUUUUUUUUGUGUUGUUAAUAGGCAAUUUUUUUUUUGUUGUAUUCUCACGUAUUUUUUUAUACUUUACAAAUAUUAAUUUAAAAAAAAUAUAUAAAAACGUACACUUGUUUGAUGUACGUUAUUUUAAACUAAAAAGACGUGAGAAAAUUCUAAAAAAAAAAACUAUUAAGUAAAAAAAAGUACAUUAAUAAAAUUAAUUAAUGAUAAUGAAAUAUAUAUUAUAUUAAAUAAAAAAAAAAUAUAUAUAUAUAUAUAUCUUUAAUCAAUAUAUAUUAGCCAAAUUAUAUAAACUAAAGAAAAUAAAGAAUUUAUCAAAAUUUACCAAAAUAAUACAGUAUUUUGACAGGUUUAUUUAAAAUCAUUUAGUUUAUAUAUAUAUAUAUAUAUAUAUAUAUAUAAAGAAAAAAAAAUAAUAAUAAAUAUUUAAUAAUUUUAUAAUUUUUUUCUUUAUAAAAUACUUACUAUAUAUGACUAAUAUAUAUUAUAUAUUUAUUUAUAUAUAUAUUAAACAUAUAUAUAUGUAUAAUAGUCGAAGUAAAAAUAAAAAAAUAAAUAAUUAAUUGCGUGCGGGUGAAAUACCAAAGACUUGAUAGCACGAUUGAUUUGUGUGAUACAAUAAUUAACGCACUUUGACUUAAAAAAAAUACAAAUAACUAAAUAAAUUAAUAAUAAUAUUAAUAAUUAAAACCCCUCCCAUAUAUCCAAGCACAAAUUAAUUUAUAAAUAAACUAAAUUAAUUUGUCAUUGUCGCUUGGGGAAAGUAUUACAUAAUAGUUAAUUAAAAAAAAGUAACUAAAUGAAUUAAAAUUAAUUAAUUGAAUGAUGUAUUUUUUUUUUUUUGUUUAAACUAGUUAUUGUUUAUUGUUUAAAAGAAAUAUGUUGGUAGACUUAAGCGUCCAAAGUUUAAGCAUUUCAAUGCAGUCCAUUGAUGUAUUAAUUAAAUUGUUUUAUUUGUUUUAUUAAUAUUAUUUUCGUUAUAUUUGUUUUAUUUUAAAGAGUUACCUUUGUAGAAAGAGAUAUAGUACUCGUAAUUUUAUAGACUAUUUGAGAUUUAUGUUAAAUAGAAGCUAUCUGAUCGAUGUGUGAUUGUUUAACCGUAUAUGAUGCUUAUAUGACAUGUUAAAUGUUUUAAAUGAAGAUUUAUAUGAUUGUAAGUUUAUAUCUAAAUGUUUUUUUAUGUAUCUGAUUCAGAAUUUAUUGAACUUCAGAUAU